AAUACCGCUUCGAGCAUCUCGGCAGUCGUCUUCGCAAUUUUCCUUGUGCCCAUGGCGACUUGUACACACGCACGAGCCGGAGCCAGGCGUAGUUGUGUUGUCGUGGGAAUUCUCUGAUCUGGUGUAAAGAAUUUCGGUGUUGGGGCGUGGCGGAUUUUGGAUUAGGGUUUUGGGGUUAUCUGAAUUGGCAGCAGUGAGCAUUUGUCGGUGAAGGGUUUUGGUAUUCUAGACGUAGGCGUAGUAGUGUGUGUGAGGUUCGCAAUUUUAUUGCAUCCUUUGCUGCUGCCUUCUUGUGGUGUGCUUUGCUGGAAUGACGAUCAAGGACGAAGAUAUGGCGCUUGUGGGAGAAAAGAAGAGGCCGAGAGGAGAAGACAAUGAUGCGGCUGCAAUGGAGGUUGAGGGGAAUGAAAACGGCGCCAUUUCUGGGGAGAAGGAUAAUGACGCAGGGGAGGGAGUGGAGAAAGUAGAAGUCAAGAGAGCGAAGACGGUAGAGGCAGCGCUUGUUGCAAGCCCAGGGGUCGUUGAAGUUGAGAAAAUUGCUGAAAAUGAUAGCAUUGAGAUGCGUGCUGAGAAAAAUGGAGUGGUGAAGACGGGCACGCAUAUUCCAGGAGGAGGGAAAACGGGCAGAAAGAGGAAAGUUGCAUUGAUCCUAGCAUAUUGCGGUGCAGCGUAUCAGGGAAUGCAGAGGAAUCCAGGAGCUAUCACCAUUGAAGGUGAACUCGAGCAAGCAUUGUUUCGCGCUGAUGCAAUCGCUGAGUGUAAUUUUGGCGACAUGAGAAAGGUGGAUUGGAUGAGAGCUGCACGAACUGACAAGGGAGUCAGCGCCAUAGGGCAAAUAGUCUCCGCCCGCUUGGUGAUUGAUCCCCCAGGGCUUGUUGAGCGCGUCAACCAGCACCUUCCCAAGGAUAUUCGCGUCUUCGGCUACACGAGGGUGACAUCCAACUUCAACGCCAAGCAGAUGUGUGAUAAGCGGCGUUAUGAGUAUCUGGUACCUGUUUUCGCUUUCAACCCUCAUGCUCAUCAUGAUCGAGAAACUAUGCAAAUGUGGUCGGAUAGAAAAGAAAACGUCAGGCUACAGCGCAUAGAAAAGAGGAAAGCACUGGAGCAGAAAGCCGCGGGAAUUGAGGUUGGUGCUGCCGACGUGAAGGAUGCAACAAAUGGAGCACCACAGUCUAAGGCAUUGGAAGCGGAGGAGGUUAAAUCGGUGGAAGUUCGCGUAGAGAUUACCUCGGUCGUUAAGGAAGUAGUGGAGAUUGAAGCGGAAGGAACUUCUAACGGUGAAGAGCAGGUGCCUUUUGUAUUUGAUGAUGCGAAAUUGGAGCGGCUGAAUGAAAUCUUGGGUAAAUACGUCGGCACCCGUAAUUACCACAACUUCACCGCACGGAUCAAACCUGAAGACCCAAGCGCAAAGAGAUAUAUCAUUUCGUUUACGGCGGGGAAGGUCAUCGAGGUCCAAGGCAUGCAGUUUGUGCCGUGCACCGUGGUAGGCCAGAGCUUCAUGUUACAUCAGAUUCGGAAGAUGAUUGGCACUGCCAUCGCUAUUAUGCGGGGUUGUGUGCCCGACUCUAUCAUUGAUUUUGCACUGCAAAGCAAAAAUGACGUCAAUACACCGAUGGCUCCGGAGCUUGGUUUAUUCCUGGAUGAAUGCUUCUAUAGUGCUUACAACAAAAAAUUUAGCAAUUCACAUGAGAAGCUAUCACAGGAAGGGUACGAGGAACAGAUUUUGAAGUUCAAGCAUGAGGUUAUUUAUCCUCACAUUGCGACCACCGAGGCCAAGGAUGGCACCAUGGCUUUAUGGCUUCAUGGGCUUAACGAUCGGCAUUAUCCUUACUUUGCGACGCACCGAGAGGGAGCAAAACUUUAGGACAGAUUAGAGAUCCUUCCGAGCGAUUUUGAGCUUCUCGAGUAACAAAUAUGCACCCUUUGGAGGACUAGAUCAAUUGCAACGAAGAUUAACGUCGACCUUAAGCUAUAUUUGUUACCUCGAAGGGCCAUAGAAAAUUAAUUGGUCUGGAAACAACUUAACGAGAACUUGCGGAAUCCUCAACAGAUGAUGUUGGGCUAGAAUCUGCAGCUUCAAGAUUUGAGGAGGAACAAUCAGUUGCUGCACGAGACGAUGCCACAGUAUGUCAGUUCGACUAUCCAGGUUUUUGGAAGACUACGUGGGCGUGUUCCUCAGAGGAUUAGGGUAUAACAUUUUAGUUAACAGAAUUGUCUAGUGCCCCCUCGUCAAGAGCGGCGCUUCUUUGAAUACUCUUGUUUCUAAAUCUUGGAUCGCAUUGUCAAUUGGACGUUCACGUUUUUACGCA